UCUCUCAGGCCAAGAGGCCAUUUCCCGGAGUCGCAAAGAGUGACCAGUCGUCUACAUCCAUGGAGUUCAACAUUCUCAUAAUCUCAGACACCAUCUGCCCAUGGUGCUUCAUCGGCUACCGCAGGCUACGCCUCGCCAUAUCCCAGCACCUCGCAACUCACCCCAAUGACACUUUCUCCGUCUCCUGGCAUCCAUUUCAGCUGAAUCCUAAUGCGCCCAAAGGCCAGACCAGCGACAAAAGGGCUGUGUAUGAGCGCAAUUACGGCGCUGAGCAGACGGAGCUGAUCUUCGAACGGCUACGAACCGCUGCGAAAGGGACGGGGAUUAACUUUAGCUUUGAAGGACAAACAGGAAGUACGUUGGAUAGCCAUCGCUUGCUGGAGUAUGCUGCGGCAAAGGACACGGCGGGCGCUGGUAGACGUAAAGGGUCGUUGAGCGGUAUGCAAACUCGGCUUGCGGAGGAGCUGUUCGGCGAUUAUUUCGAACGGGAAAGGGAUAUCACUUCUCACGACGUCCUGGUCAACGCUGCUAAGAGAGCGGGACUUGAUGGCGUCGAGGCGAGAAAAUUCCUCGAGAGCGAUGCGCUGGCCAAGGAGGUGGCAGAGAAGGCUAGGAUGCCGCGUGAGAAUGGGAUCAAUGGUGUGCCGCAUUUCAGCAUCAACGACACCUUUACGGUUGAAGGUGCUCAGGAGCCUGCGGCAUUCUUAAUGUUAUUCCGUAGACUGAGGAAGAGACAGAUGAAAAUGUAGUCGGGUUUGCAUAGAGCGAGACGGCAAGGCUGAAGUGGCUCGAACGGCCAAAAGUCUUGACCGCGAAGUCGAG